UCCUCCAUGCUCAGUGUGUUACUCUUGCAUCUGCCACGCAACCUCGGCCGACCGGAGGGGGAGUGCUCAUGAGUCCCUUUACUGAGCCACAAAUUACCGAAUUACGCCCUUGUCUCUAACCCAGAGCCACAUGGAAGCCGGCCAGGAGGGAGCCCAGGCUGCGAAAAGUGUAAAAGUAGCAGGAGGAGGAAGAGAAAGCAGUCACGACGGGGAGACAUCACCAGGAGGAAAUAUGGCGGGAAAUGAAGUAAAUAAGUCGCCAAACAAAAAGGAACCUGUUGUGGAAGAAACCAAAUUUGAUGACGAGAAGAGGAAGCUGAAUGAUGAACAGACACACAAACACCACAUGCAGAAUGGUGAAGUUCAGCCAGAUGAAGUUCAAAAUGAACAAAUACAAGCAAAACGAAUAAAAGAAUCUUUGCAAGAACAGGCGGUAAAUGGCGUGAAAGAAAUGGUGCCGUUGGAGAAGAAUAAAGAACCAGAGCAACCCAAGAAAGUGGAGGAGGAUGAGGAGGAGGAGGAGGAAGAGGAAGAUGAUGUAUUUGGUGCAUUAUCCAUCUUCACCUCUGAGGUGUUUGCAACCUUGAGCUCUCCUGCCGAGCCUCUAACACGUGAAGAAAGAAAUCCACGCCCGCUUUCAACAAAUGGCGUGGACCCAGCGAAUACCAUGAGGCUUUUGCAGGACCUAUUGACAUACGAUGACGAAGAACCAGAUGUAACUUACGGUCUUGGUCCAGUAGACGCUCAUGGGAGGUUAGCAGUAGUUUCACACCUACUAGCAGCUUUGGUCACUACCCUUGACCCACAACACCUGCGGCGACUUGCUACACGAAUCAUGUCGGACUCUUGCCUUUGGGUUUCUCGUCUCUUUAGGUACUUUGAAUCGACGGCAUAUAUCCACGAGGACGUACGAGAAGGAAUCGUGAGAGUGUGCCGAAUGCUUCUUCACACUCGGUAUCCAAAAUACACAACGGAGGGUUAUCAAGCAGUGUAUGCCAGGCCUCCUGUUAUAUACACUAGCAGUACAGUCAGACCUGGCCUCCCACAACACAUUGGAACUAUGUUGGGUCUUGGGUCUGGGUGCGUACGUGUGGUCCCCUGCAACACUGUAGUGGGCUCUCCAGUAGCAAUGGACACGGCUGCGCUGGACCGCAUGAUGGCCGAAGAUUUGGCUGCACAAAAGAAGCCAUUCCUUGUCAUUGCUAAUGCAGGUGGUGGAGCUGUUGGAGGAGUGGACAACGUCGGUAGGAUUCAAGAGUUGUGCAAUAACCACGAAGCCUGGCUGCACGUUGAAGGUCAUGCACUUGCAGCUCUCACCUUGCCCAAUGCACCCAACAUGUCUGCCAAAGUAGGAGAUAGUAUGACUCUACCACUGUCCCUGUGGUUGGGUGUUCCGUCGCUGCCCUACAUUACAUUGUACAAGGCAUACGAAGCUUCAGCGAUUCAUGCAGUGGGUCUGACGGCUCUUAGUCUCCAUGUGCGGCUGUCUUGUCUUCCUCUGUGGACUACACUUCAGACACUAGGUCAGAGUGGUGUGGUCUCUCGGUUUCAACAUUCCUUCGAGUUGAGUCACCAUCUUCAGCAGCACCUAGCAACGCUCGCUAGGAUACGCCUGCUAAGUCCAGCCCCACCUGAUGGUACGAGCUUUGUGACUAUCCAGGAUCUAGUUACUAAACCUAUUAGUACAAUGCAACUAUUGGAGACUGUAAGUGGGUCAGUGGUGUUCCAGUAUGUAGAUGAAGUCAACGCUGGUGGGAAAAACUCCGAGUACUACGACAACCUGAACUCCUGGCUGGGUCAGGUUGUAAGGAGAGAUGUUGGCACCAUACCCCUGGAGUUGGUGCAGCUGGAGACGGCAGGCUUGGUGCUCCGUUGGAGUCCAAUGGAAGGCCCAGAUACACAUCACAUAACCUUGGCUGAUGUUGAUCAUCUCAUUCACUCCUUACAUCAUCAGUUGGAUAUCCUAAAUGCAACGGUUGAACAGCGGAAGACCUUCACCGACUUGGUAUCGUCUGCAAACAAUCUUCAGUUAGUUGAUAUUCCUGGCUGGGCAGGACUUGGAGGAGUGCGUUACAUUGCUGACCUGUGGCUUGAUCAAAACCCAGUGUCAGAGGCUACUAAAGAAGAUAUUAAUGCACUCAAUGUUCAUUUAGUGUCGCAGCUCAAGGCCACUGAUUCUGCAUUCUCCUUAGGUGAGGGGAGCGACGGACUGAACUGUGUAAGAUUUGGAAUGGUAACGGCUGAUACCGACUUGUCCGAACUUCUCUCUUUAGUCGUCACCACAGGAAGAGAAAUCGAAACAUCAUCAAGAUUCCUCGAUCAGAUGACUGACAUUGUUCGAAAAGGUAUUGAGGCAGCAACCGAAGAUUUGAAACGGGAAAAUGAGGAACGAUUAUGGCAAGAAGGCAUCUUGCGCCACGUACCAAUAGUAGGGUCUGUCUACAACUGGUUUUCACCACCUCCGCCUCCGGGCAUCAAGGGACGCACAUUGGACCUUACAGCAGGAGUUUUAGAGAGUACUGAAAAUAUCUACCGCUACCACAUGCAGAUCCGACAUGGUUCAGCCCCAACCCGUAAUGAGACGAAGCUUCCUCCAGCUCCAUCGGUGCAGACUCCAGUGAGCCCAUCAGCUUCAUCUCCUUCUCAUUCUCGGUCAUCAUCCACUACCUCAGCAAAAUCGCCCGGGUCCACACAUUCUCGACAGGCGUCUGAUCAGCCGUCGGCAGCAACUCUAGACACGAAGAGUGUCAUUGCCCCUCCCUUGACAGCUAAUGGCAUUACAGCAACUGUGCAAAGCUAAAUCUUUUCUAAAAUCUCUGAAUCAGUGUGGUGAGCUAUCAUUAUGGGCUCUGAGGUGAGCAGUUAGAAGUAUUUUUUAUAAAUACUGUUCUCCUUUCAAAGUCUUGAAUUGAUAUCUUAUAACACCAUUGUCAUGUUUUAUAUUCCCACAUACCGUAUUACUUUGUGCAUGUAAAUUUGAGUGAUUCAAAGCAAUAAGCAGUGUCAUGUGUUAGUUACCAACAUCAUUUGUACUUUAAGUUCCCAUUAACCUUUUAGCAGUGUUUUUGGCUAAUAAAAUUUAUAUUUUUCUUUGCAUUGGAGAAUGUUAUAAAAGUACAGUAAUUAACAAAAAUAAAGAUACAUUAUAAAUAGCUUUUACAUUUGUCAUUGUUUAGAAUUGUGUUAAAUUACGUUAGUGGCUCAAAGCUGGUGCUGUAAGCAAAUAUCUUUCAGUGUGUUAUGCUUAGCUAGCUGCCCUUUAUUUUUAACGUAAGGUUAAAAUAUUCAAAUUGUUUUCCACUCUAGUAGGUGGUCUGCCAUCUGGGGCCAGAUUCAUGAAGCAGUUGCGCAAGUACUUACGAACAAGUACAUCUUUCCUCAAUCUCUGACGGCUUUGGUUACAUUUAUUAAACAGUUAUAAGCAUGAAAACUUGCCAAUCAUCUGUUAUUGUUAUAAACAGCCUCCUGGUGCUUCGGAGCUCAUUAACACUAUCGCCUGCACCACGCGCUCACCGCAGACUUUAAUGUCAUGGGGUUAAUGGUGCUGGCGAGCGUGCGGCGACGCCUAAAUGUGUAUACUAGUUUGUUUUCUCAUCUUAAUUCUUGUGCUACGUCGUUCGUUUUGGUAUCAUUGUGUUCGCAAUUAAAUUCCCUGCAGAUGUAUAUGCAUAUAAUGUCCAAAACCCU